AUGUUUCAGUUGGCACUACUCACAAGGUUGCUGAAAACUCUCAAAGCCCGCGACCGGUUCCGCCCUUCUUGGGGCUCAUCAGGUACUGACAAUGACUAUCCGGUCCGAUCCAUGGGUGAGGCGCUAACAGUGCAAGCUAGAAGUACCCGCGUCACUCUGAAAAUCGACGUACCUUACACCGAUCACAGUCAUGUCAUCGGACGAGGAGGCCGUAACAUCAAAAGUGUAAUGCUUGCCACACAAUGUCACAUUCAUUUCCCUGAUUUGAACAAGACAAACUUGGUGGAGAAGAGCAACCAGGUAUCAAUUUCUGGCCACGUUUCAAGAGUGGAUAACGCAAGACAACGGAUUCGAGAUAUGCUUCCCGUUACAUUUAUCUUUGAGUUGCCGGUAAGUGCAACCAUGCAGCCAAAUGUAUUCCGUAACUCUCCGUUUGUCCGGCAAUUGGAAGAAGUGUAUGAAGUGGACGUCUGCUAUCGUAGCAUUCACACAUCGCCCAGAACUCGGACUGUGGUCAAUGUGAAAGGUUUAUCGGCCAAUUCACGUAUGAUAAAGACGGCUGUCAGGUUGCUUUUGGAACGAUAUUAUGGUCCAAAUGAGUUGGUCGCAUUCUCACUGCCUAAAUCCAUAAGAAUAAUGCCUAUACGAACCUCUUGUACUGCUCAGGUUGUACCCAUUACCAUGAUCAUGGAAUUGGACGCUACGCACCAGACGGGAUUUUUCGCACAAAAGUCUCCUGAACAGGUUGCCAAACUUGUGGCACAAACCACUGGCGCCGUCGUAUCAUUUCGGAAGUCCAGCGCAUUCGAUGACAGUCGAUGUAUGCUGGACACCAGCAAGGCUGCAGCAAAGCUGGACUUUAUGGACUCUCUGUAUCCGUUUUCAAGGAACCUUAGCUGUGGUAAUGCCGCAACUAUUGAGAUCACUGGACUGAACGUGGACAGUGUCUUUCUGGCCAGACAGCUGAUAACGAACCUACUUCCGGUUGUCCUUUUAUUCGACGUGACACUGGAGGAAAGCGAAUGGCUCAGAAAAUUCGAUUUUGCACGGCUUCAGCAACAAUACGACGUUUUGAUUGACAUUCGAAAUAAACCGAAGCAGCUGAACAGGGUAAAGUGGCGUAAACAGAGAGGUGGCCAACCCUUGACUCGGCAGAGGAGUAUGAAGGAGAUCAUGAAACGCUUGGGUGCUGUCGGUGCUACUCGCCUUCCAGGAUGGGGACCGCGUGAUCUUCACUUGGUUGUGAGAACAAAUGAGAAAAAUGUUCGGGCUGUCUACACAAUUUGGCAGUUGACAACAGACUUUCUUCGACGAACCGCUCCAAGCUCUUGGAUGCUAGCUCCAGUGGCCGAACAGAGCAAUGAUCGCUACUCGGAUCCCGGGUCCGAUGUCGGAGCAGGGCAGAGGACGAUAGACGCAUCAUGUUGGAAUUCAGCAUACUGUUGUCCCAGCAUCUGCGAGCGAAGACCAGAACACCCUGCUUCAGAGCUGGAUUCGUUCAAACUCACCCAACAGUGUCAUUCAGCUGAUUUCACAAGCGACAAUGGAUGGCAUGGAUUGCGCAGAGAUGGGGCGAUAUGUCCUACCCGUUUCAAUUACGAUAAAAAUGCUCAGCUAAAUCUGAAUGGGAUGGUUGAUACGAUGAAUACAACAAAGUGCAACAGGACAUCAGUGCCCGAAACCGAUGCUUCGCUGCUAUACAACCAUAAUUUACUUGAAAGCCUGAUUUUGAAGAAAAGUGGAGAAAACGAGCUAAAAGCUAACCCACUACAAUGCGCCUACACCUGUAGAUAA